GGCGGUGGCAGCGAUUACGCUGCUCGGGCUCACCUGCGGACGCGAGUCCCGCGUCCGAGGGAAGCACGCGGGUGUCUGGCCGGCCGCCCCUCCGGCCGCGGACCCGACGCCCCAGUGCGGCCCGGUCUUUCCCACGGCCUCCCGAGAUUUAUGGAGCCGCCGUGACCACGCGCACCCCUGGUAGCUGUGGUGUAGCCCCCAGCCGACCCUCCGGCCGCCUUUCCGAACAGAUGGGGAAACUGCGGAGGACUGGAAAUACGCACUUGGGGCAGGCUUCCUCUUCCACCCGGGCGCCCGGGACGUUUCCUGGUCCCAGCUCUUGCACAGUCAAGAAGUAAUCUAGCAAGAAAUAUCAGCCCUGGGAGCCAAGGGAGGGAGAAUCACUGUCUCCAACUCCUACCCAGGAACGCACCAUUAAAAUCUCAACUAUAGGAACCCUUUAUCCCACGAGAGGGUUAAGUCCAGGCCACAGGCACGAAUAAGGUGUCUAUUCUGAAGGGAAGAAUUCUGUAAGGAUGGACCCACACCAGCAGGUUGCCAGCUUACGGAAUGGGAGUACAUUACAGGUUUCUGAGCGCGAGAAAACCUCUCAGUACGUGAACCAGGUUCAAAGGCGGGAGGACAGGCCCACGGAAGGGAGACGGUAUACCUGUAGUGAAUGCGGGAAGAAGUUUGCCCAGAGCUCGGGCCUCGUUCGACAUCGGAGAAUCCACACUGGCGAGAAGCCCUACGAGUGUGGUCACUGCGGAAAAGCCUUCAGCGUGCGCUCCACCCUCACUGUGCAUGAGAGAAUCCACACUGGCGAGAAGCCCUAUACCUGUAAUGAGUGUAGGAAAGGCUUCAGUGUGAGGGCACACCUGAUCAUACAUCAGAGAAUCCACAAUGGGGAGAAGCCGUAUGAAUGUAAUGAGUGUGGCAAAGCAUUUAGUGUGAGCUCAGACCUUAUCAAACAUCAGAGAAUCCACUCUGGUGAAAAGCCCUAUGAGUGUGACGAGUGUGGGAAAGCCUUCAGCGUGAGCUCCGCCCUCAUCAAACAUCAGAGAAUCCACACAGGAGAGAAGCCGUAUGAGUGCAAGGAGUGUGGGAAGGCCUUCUAUGUGAACUCCGCCCUAAUUAACCACCAGAGGAUUCACUCUGGAGAAAAGCCGUACGCGUGUGGAGAAUGCAGGAAAGCCUUCAGCCAGAUCUCAACCCUAAUUCAUCACCAGAGAAUCCAUACUGGAGAGAAACCGUACGAGUGUGACGCGUGUGGGAAAGCUUUCCGUGGGAGUUCUAAUCUUACUAAGCACCAGAAAAUACACGCCAAAGGAAAGUGUCAUCAUUGAUUUACGUGGCGAAGAUAUUCCAAAGGCCUUUUUUUUUUUGUAUCAGGAGUUAACACUAAGAGAAGGGCAUGGAAGAAGUUGAUGUUUUAAUUGAUACUUGGUCCUUUAGAAUAUUGAAGAAGUGAGAAGUCCGUGAAAAGUGCUCCAGAAUGACUAGUUAAAGCUCUGAAAUCACGUCGACUUCUGAGAAUGCGCUUUCACAACUCACAAGGAUGGAGGUUUGCAGACAGACUCUUCUGGGUGGAGAAUACUCUUCUGAGAUCAGCACUGAAGUGAUGCCAUACCCCACCCCAAACCAGCGCAACUGAAUCCUAAGCAGUAAGUGGUAUUCUGUGGAACAAAUCGUCUUACCCGAGGAGUCCAGCUUGUUUGCCCCUCGUGGGGCAGAGCCACCCUCCCACGCUGGACUCCCAGGCACAGCCACCGUGUGCAGUCUCUGUGUUGCAGUCAAGGAUGGCAGGGCUUGUAGGCAUCCUCGUGCUGCAGGCCACACCUCCACCUGGAGGCCUGGUAUUGGGGACCUUGCCCAAGCAACUCUGCCAAGACUCUCUCACUGGGGUAGAGGAAACUUGAGCACACUUUUCCCCACUCUAACUCUGUAUUCCGUACUUUUGCACUCCCGGCUCUCCCCCGCCCCCCUUCCUCCUGGCCCCCAGGAGUGCUCUCCUGGCAGUGAGACAGUCCCCACAGCAGUGCUGAUUCUCCUGCCCCUUGCCUCACGCUGUCAGAUGAGUAAGAAUGGAACACUGCAGGCGCCCGCACUUUCUCGUGUUGAGCGUCUCGUUAAUGCCGUAGCAGGGAUUCAAGGCUUAGCUGUUACUUGGUUUUUUUUUUAAUGUUUAUUUAUUAAUUUUGAGAGAGAGAGAACACAGGAGGGGCAGGGAG